AUGCAGCUGCCGUUUGAGCUGGCUUUCCUCACCACGACUGAGAAGAGAGCGCUUGGAGUUUCAGCACCUCGGAGAGCGACCGUGCUCCUGCGUCCUGCACUGCGUGAGGACAAGAGCGCCCCCAGCGGUUCAUCCACGCACCGACAGGACAGAGGCAGCAGCAGCAUCAGCCCUGUUCAGGAGCAGGAAUGGGUUAAUGACGAGGAGAAGGCAGGAGAUCAGGAAGAAGUCGUCAUUUCAGAAAGAGCCGCUGGUAAACAGAAGGGUGUGUUCCAUGGGUGCAGUGGAUUUGGCCUCAUGUUUGACAGGGUUUGUGUUUGUGAAAGUAUUUUGUAA